UCACUACAUUGUGUAGCGACGCGACGGAUACAGAGAGACGGCAUCCUGUCUGUGGUGCUGCACGCGUGCAUGCAAUUCUUAUAAGAUCGGUGGGUCUGCACGCACCCCCAUCGCAGCCAUGUCUCUCCCGGCCGGCACCAUGGCAUUCGUGCCUGCCCCAAGCCCCACUGUGGUGGACCAAACCACGUUAAUGAAGAAGUACCUGCAGUUCGUAGCUGCACUAACGGAGACGAACACACCGGAUGAGACCAAGCUCAAGAUGAUGCAGGAGGUCAGCGAGAACUUUGAGAACGUGACGUCUUCGCCGCAGUACUCCACCUUCUUGGAGCACAUCAUCCCUCGCUUCCUCACCUUUCUACAGGACGGAGAGGUGCAGUUUCUGCAGGAAAAACCCACACAGCAACUGAGGAAACUCGUGUUGGAGAUCAUUCACCGCAUCCCGACCAAUGAGCACCUCCGACCGCACACCAAAAACGUCCUGUCUGUCAUGUUCCGCUUCCUGGAGAUUGAAAGUGAGGAGAAUGUAUUGAUCUGUCUCCGCAUUAUCAUUGAGCUCCACAAGCAGUUUCGCCCGCCCAUUUCUCCCGAGGCAAGUCAAGACUCACAUACCAUUCAUCACUUUCUAGACUUUGUGAAGCAGAUCUACAAAGACCUACCAAAAGUUGUUGCCCGGUACUUUGAGAACCCUCAAGUGAUCGCGGAGAACACGGUGCCCUCCCCAGAGAUGGUGGGCAUGAUCACCUCGGUUCUGGUGAAGACCACCCCUGAGAGGGAGGACAGCGAGACGAGAACGCACACCAUCAUCCCGCGGGGCUCGCUGUCUCUCAAGGUGCUGGCGGAGCUGCCCAUCAUCGUGGUGCUGAUGUACCAGCUCUACAAACUGAACAUACACAACGUGGUGUCCGAGUUCGUCCCCCUCAUCAUGAACACCAUCAUGCUGCAGGUCUCUCCUCAAGCCAGGCAACACAAGCUGUACAACAAGGAGCUGUACGCUGACUUCAUCGCAGCCCAGAUCAAGACCCUGUCCUUCCUGGCCUACAUCAUCCGCAUCUACCAGGACCUUGUGGGGAAGUACUCCCAGCAGAUGGUGAAGGGCAUGCUGCAACUGCUGGCCAACUGUCCCCCGGAAACCGCCCACCUCCGCAAGGAGCUGCUCAUCGCCGCCAAGCACAUCCUCACCACCGACCUGCGCAGCCAGUUCAUACCGUGCAUGGACAAACUGUUUGACGAGUCCAUCCUGAUCGGAUCCGGCUACACCGCUCGCGAGACUCUACGGCCGCUGGCGUACAGCACGCUGGCCGACCUGGUGCACCACGUCCGGCAGAACCUGCCGCUGACAGACCUGUCCCUGGCCGUGCAGCUCUUCGCCAAGAACAUCGACGACGAGUCGCUGCCCAGCAACAUCCAGACCAUGUCCUGCAAGCUGCUGCUGAACCUGGUGGACUGCAUCCGCUCCAAGUCCGAGCUGGAGAACGGCAACGGCCGGGACAUCCUCAUGAGGAUGCUGGAGGUGUUUGUGCUGAAGUUCCACACCAUCGCUCGCUACCAGCUCGUCACCAUCUUCAAAAAGUGCAAACCCCAGUCGGAGAUGGGCGUGGUCGACCCGGUGGCGCUGCCGGGGGUACCGGCGACCCCCACCCCGUCCAGCACCCCCGCCCUGCCCGCCCCGGCGCCCUCCACUCCGGCCCCCCCGGCCCCGCCUUCCGCCCCCUCCGCGGGCUUCGACCGCACGGGGGGCGGAGACAAGGAGGACAAGCAGACCUUCCAGGUGUCGGACUGCCGCAGCCUGGUGAAGACGCUGGUGUGCGGGGUGAAGACCAUCACCUGGGGCAUCACCUCCUGCAAAGCCCCCGGAGAAGCUCAGUUCAUUCCAAACAAGCAACUCCAACCCAAAGAGACACAGAUCUACAUCAAGCUGGUCAAGUACGCCAUGCAGGCCUUGGACAUCUACCAGGUACAGGUGACCAACAACCAACAGACGUACAUCAGGGUGGCCAACUGCCAGGCGGUGCGCAUGAAGGAGGAGAAGGAGGUGCUGGAGCACUUUGCCGGUGUGUUCACCAUGAUGAACCCGCUCACCUUCAAGGAGAUCUUCCAGACCACAGUGCCCUACAUGGUGGAGCGCAUCUCCAAGAAUUACGCUCUGCAGAUCGUGGCCAACUCGUUCCUGGCCAACCUGUCGACCUCAGCCCUGUUCGCCACCAUCCUGGUGGAGUACCUGCUGGAGAGGCUGCCAGAAAUGGGCUCCAACGUGGAGCUCUCCAACCUCUACCUCAAGCUCUUCAAGCUGGUGUUUGGAUCGGUGUCGCUCUUUGCUGCUGAAAACGAGCAGAUGCUCAAGCCCCACCUCCAUAAGAUCGUUAACAGCUCGAUGGAGCUGGCCCAAUCGGCUAAGGAGCCCUACAACUACUUCCUGCUCCUGCGCGCCCUCUUCCGGUCCAUCGGUGGCGGCAGCCAUGACCUGCUCUACCAGGAGUUCCUGCCCCUCCUGCCAAACCUACUGCAAGGGCUGAACAUGCUGCAGAGCGGCCUCCACAAGCAGCACAUGAAGGACCUGUUUGUGGAGCUGUGUCUGACGGUGCCGGUGCGCCUCAGCUCCCUGCUGCCCUACCUGCCCAUGCUCAUGGACCCGCUGGUGUCGGCGCUCAACGGCUCCCAGACGCUGGUCAGCCAGGGCCUGCGCACGCUGGAGCUCUGCGUGGACAACCUGCAGCCCGACUUCCUCUACGACCACAUCCAGCCCGUCCGGGCCGAGCUCAUGCAGGCCCUGUGGCGGACGCUGAGGAACCCCGUGGAGACCAUCUCCCACGUGGCCUACCGCGUCUUGGGCAAGUUCGGCGGCAGCAACCGCAAGAUGCUGAAGGAGUCCCAGAGGCUGCUGUACGUGGUGACGGAGGUGCAGGGGCCCAGCAUCAAGGCGGAGUUCACGGACUGCAAGGCCUCCAUACAGCUGCCCAUGGAGAAGGCGAUCGAGACGGCUCUGGACUGCCUGAAGAGCGCCAACACGGAGCCCUACUACCGCCGGCAGGCCUGGGAGGUCAUCAAGUGCUUCCUGGUCGCAAUGACCAGCCUGGACGACAACAAGCACGCCCUCUACCAGCUCCUGUCCCACCCGAACUUUGCUGAGAAGUGGAUCCCCAACGUGAUCAUCUCCCACCGCUACAAGGCCCAGGACACCCCGGCCCGCCGGACCUUUGAGCAGGCGCUGACGGGGGCCUUCAUGUCGGCGGUGAUCAAGGACCUCCGGCCCAGCGCGCUGCCCUUCGUGGCCAGCCUCAUCCGGCACUACACCAUGGUGGCCGUGGCCCAGCAGUGUGGCCCCUUCCUGCUGCCGUGCUACCAGCAGGGCAGCCAGCCCAGCACGGCCAUGUUCCACAGCGAGGAGAACGGCUCCAAGGGCAUGGACCCCCUGGUGCUGAUCGACGCCAUCGCCAUCUGCAUGGCCUACGAGGAGAAGGAGUUGUGCAAGAUCGGAGAGGUGGCCCUGGCCGUCAUCUUCGACGUGGCCAGCAUCAUCCUGGGCUCCAAGGAGAGGGCCUGCCAGCUGCCCUUGUUCUCUUACAUCGUGGAGCGCCUGUGUGCAUGCUGCUAUGAGCAGGCGUGGUUCGCCAAGCUGGGCGGCGUGGUCUCCAUCAAGUUCCUCAUGGAGAGGCUGCCUCUCAUCUGGGUGUUGCAGAACCAGCUCACCUUCCUCAAGGCCCUGCUGUUUGUCAUGAUGGACCUCACGGGAGAGGUGUCCAACGGGGCGGUGGCCAUGGCCAAGACCACCCUGGAGCAGCUGCUGGUGCGCUGCGCCACACCGCUGAAGGAGGAGGAGAAGACGGAGGAGCUGCUGGCGGCGCAGGACAAGUCGUUCCACAUGGUGACCCACGACCUGGUGCGGGAGGUCACCUCGCCCAACUCCACCGUGCGCAAGCAGGCCAUGCACUCCCUGCAGGUGCUGGCCCAGGUCACCGGCAAGAGUGUCACCGUCAUCAUGGAGCCCCACAAAGAGGUGUUGCAGGACAUGGUCCCCCCGAAGAAGCACCUGCUGCGUCACCAGCCGGCCAACGCCCAGAUCGGCCUGAUGGAGGGGAACACCUUCUGCACCACCCUGCAGCCCCGCCUCUUCACCAUGGACCUCAACGUCAUGGAGCACAAGGUCUUCUACCAAGAGCUUCUGAACCUGUGCGAGGCGGAGGACGCGGCCCUGAUGAAGCUGCCCUGCUACAAGAGCCUGCCCUCCCUGGUCCCCCUGCGCAUCGCCGCCCUCAAUGCCUUGGCGGCCUGUAACUACCUGCCCCAAUCGAGGGAGAAGAUCAUCGCGGCCCUCUUCAAGGCCCUCAACUCCACCAACAGCGAGCUGCAGGAGGCGGGCGAGGCCUGCAUGAGGAAGUUCCUGGAGGGCGCCACCAUCGAGGUGGACCAGAUCCACACUCACAUGCGCCCCCUGCUGAUGAUGCUGGGCGACUACCGCAGCCUCACCCUCAACGUGGUCAACCGCCUCACCUCCGUCACGCGCCUCUUCCCCAACUCCUUCAACGACAAGUUCUGCGACCAGAUGAUGCAACACCUGAGAAAGUGGAUGGAGGUCGUGGUCAUCACGCACAAGGGAGGCCAACGCAGUGAUGGAAGUCCUGCAUUGGAAGGUGUUGAGGAGAUGAAGAUCUGCUCGGCCAUCAUCAACCUCUUCCACCUGAUCCCCGCGGCCCCCCAGACCCUGGUCAAACCCCUGCUGGAGGUGGUGAUGAAGACGGAGAGAGCCAUGCUCAUCGAGGCGGGCAGUCCGUUCCGGGAGCCGUUGAUCAAGUUCCUGACGCGCCACCCGUCUCAGACGGUGGAGCUCUUUAUGAUGGAGGCCACGCUGAACGACCCCCAGUGGAGUCGCAUGUUCAUGAGCUUCCUGAAACACAAGGAUGCCAAGCCCCUGAGAGACGUUCUGGCCUCCAACCCCAGCCGCUUCGUCCCCCUGCUGGUGCCGGCCGGCACUGCAGCCGCCGCCCGCCCGGGCUCCCCCUCCACCACCACAGCCAGGCUGGACCUGCAGUUCCAUGCUAUUAAGAUCAUCAGCAUCAUCGUGAAGAACGACGAGGGCUGGCUGGCCGGCCAGCACUCCCUGGUCAGCCAGCUGCGCCGGGUCUGGGUCAGCGAGGCCUUCCAGGAGCGCCACCGCAAAGACAACAUGGCCGCCACCAACUGGAAGGAGCCCAAGCUGCUGGCCUUCUGCCUGCUCAGCUACUGCAAGAGGAACUACCUGGAGAUCGAGCUGCUCUUCCAGCUGCUCCGGGCCUUCACGGGACGCUUCCUGUGCAACAUGACCUUCCUCAAGGAGUACAUGGAGGAGGAGAUCCCCCGCAACUACAGCAUCGCCCAGAAACGGGCCCUCUUCUUCCGCUUCGUGGAGUUCAACGACCCCCACUUCAACGACGAGCUCAAAGCCAAGGUGCUCCAGCACAUCCUGAACCCGGCCUUCCUCUACAGCUUCGAGAAAAAUGAGGGGGAGCUGCUGCUGGGACCCCCAAACCCGGAGGGCGACAACCCCGAGAGCAUCACCAGCGUCUUCAUCACCAAGGUGCUGGACCCUGAGAAGCAGGCGGACCUACUGGACUCGCUGCGCAUCUACCUGCUGCAGUUCUCCACGCUGCUGGUGGAGCACGCGCCGCACCACAUCCACGACAACAACAAGUCGCGCAACAGCAAGCUGCGGCGCCUCAUGACCUUCGCCUGGCCCUGCCUGCUGCCCAAGGCCUGCGUGGACCCCGCCUGCAAGUACAGCGGGCACCUGCUGCUGGCCCACAUCAUCGCCAAGUUCGCCAUCCACAAGAAGAUCGUCCUGCAGGUCUUCCACAGCCUUCUGAAGGCCCACACCAUGGAGGCCCGUGCCAUCGUGCGCCAGGCCAUGGCCAUCCUCACCCCGGCCGUGCCGGCCCGCAUGGAGGACGGCCACCAGAUGCUCACCCACUGGACCCGCAAGAUCAUCGUGGAGGAGGGCCACACCGUGCCCCAGCUGGUCCACAUCCUGCACCUCAUCGUGCAGCACUUCAGGGUGUACUACCCGGUGCGCCACCACCUGGUCCAGCACAUGAUCAGCGCCAUGCAGCGUCUGGGCUUCACCCCCAGCGUCACCAUCGAGCAGAGGAAGCUGGCCGUGGACCUGGCCGAGGUGGUCAUCAAGUGGGAGCUGCAGAGGAUCAAGGACCAGCUGCCGGAGGUGGAGGCCGAGGCCGGGCCCGCCGGCGAGGCGUCCACUAGCGCGUCGGGGGCCGUAAAGAGGAGCCUCCCCGCGGACAGCCCCUCCCCUGUCCCUGGCGUGGCCGCCGGGGCCGCCGCCGCCGCCGCCGCCAACCAAGACGUCAAGAGGUUCCGCACCGCCACUGGAGCCGCCACCGCCGCGUUUGGACGUAGCACCACCAUGCCUGGCACAGAGACGCAGCUCACCAAACCUGUGGAGAAGCCCCACACAGACACUGUGGUCAACUUCCUCAUCCGGAUUGCCUGCCAGGUGAACGACAGCACCAACGUGGCGGGCUCCCCCGGGGAGCUGCUGUCGCGGCGCUGCGUCAGCCUGAUGAAGACGGCCCUGCGGCCGGACAUGUGGCCCCGCGCCGAGCUCAAGCUGCAGUGGUUCGACAAGCUGCUCAUGACCGUGGAGCAGCCGGCCCAGGCCAACUUCUCCAACAUCUGCACGGGGCUGGAGAUCCUGUGCUUCCUGCUGACGGUGCUCCAGUCGCCGGCCAUCCUGGCCCACUUCAAGCCCCUGCAGCGGGGCAUCGCCGCCUGCAUGACCUGCGGCAACACCAAGGUGCUCCGGGCCGUCCACUCGCUGCUCUCGCGCCUCAUGAGCAUCUUCCCCACGGAGCCCAGUACGUCCAUCGGCACGUCCACCGUGGCGUCCAAGUACGAGGAGCUGGAGUGUCUGUACGCAGCCGUGGGGAAGGUCAUCUACGAGGGCCUGACCAACUACGAGAAGGCCACCACUAGCGCCAACCCCACGCAGCUCUUUGGAACGCUGAUGAUCCUGAAGUCGGCGUGCAGCUACAACGCCAGCUACAUCGACCGCCUCAUCUCCGUCUUCAUGCGCUCCCUGCAGAAGAUGGUGCGGGAACACCUGAGCCUGCAGCAGGCUAACCCCGGGACGGCCGAGACUAGCACAGUGACCAGUGAGCUGGUCAUGCUGAGCCUGGACCUGGUGAAGACGCGGCUGUCCGUCAUGAACAUGGAGAUGAGGAAAAACUUCAUCCAGGUCAUCCUCACGUCGCUCAUCGAGAAGUCCGACGCCAAGAUCCUGCGGGCGGUGGUGAAGAUCGUGGAGGAGUGGGUGAAGAACAACUCCCCCAUGGCCGCCAACCAGAUGCCCAACCUGCGGGAGAAGUCGAUCCUGCUGGUGAAGAUGAUGACCUACAUCGAGAAGCGCUUCCCGGACGACCUUGAGCUAAACGCCCAGUUCCUGGACCUCGUUAAUUACGUCUACAGGGAUGAGAGCCUCUCAGGAAGUGACAUCACGUCCAAGCUGGAGCCGGCCUUCCUGUCGGGCCUGCGCUGCCCCCAGGCCCUCAUCCGGGCCAAGUUCUUCGAGGUGUUCGACUCGUCCAUGAAGCGGCGCGUCUACGAGCGGCUGCUCUACAUCUGCUGCUCCCAGAACUGGGAGGCCAUGGGCAGCCACUUCUGGAUCAAGCAGUGCACCGAGCUCCUGCUGGCGGUGUGCGAGCGUAACACCAUCAUCGGCACCAGCUGCCAGGGCUCCAUGCUGCCGUCCAUCACCAACGUCAUCAACCUGGCCGACAGCCAUGACCGCGCCGCCUUCGCCAUGGCGACGCACGUCAAGCAGGAGCCCCGCGAGCGGGAGAACAGCGAGACCAAGGAGGAGGACGUGGAGAUCGACAUUGAGCUGGCGCCCGGCGACCAGACCGCCCUCCCCAAGACCAAGGAGCAGGCGGAGCGGGACGCCGGGAACCAGCUGCACAUGCUCACCAACCGCCACGACAAGUUCCUGGACUCGCUGCGGGAGGUCAAGACGGGGGCCCUCCUGAAUGCCCUGGUCCAGCUCUGUCACAUCUCCACCCCCCUGGCAGAGAAGACCUGGGUGCAGCUCUUCCCUCGUCUCUGGAAGAUCCUCUCCGACCGGCAGCAGCACACGCUGUCGGGCGAGAUGAGCCCCUUCCUGUGCAGCGGCAGCCACCAGGCACAGCGUGACUGCCAGCCCUCCGCCCUCAACUGCUUCGUGGAGGCCAUGUCCCAGUGCGUGCCGCCCAUCCCCAUCCGGCCGUGCGUGCUCAAGUACCUGGGCAAGACCCACAACCUGUGGCUGCGCUCCACCAUCAUGCUGGAGCAGCAGGCCUUCGAGAAGGGCCUCAGCCUGCACGGCAAGCCCAAGCAGAGCACCGAGUUCUACGAGCAGGAGAGCAUCAGCCCGCCCCAGCAGGAGAUCCUGGACUCCCUGGCGGAGCUCUACUCCCUGCUGCAGGAGGAGGACAUGUGGGCGGGCCUGUGGCAGAAGAGGUGCAAGUUCCCCGAGACGGCCACCGCCAUCGCCUACGAGCAACAUGGCUUCUUCGAACAAGCACAAGAGAGCUACGAGAAGGCGACCGACAAGGCCCGCAAGGAGCAUGAGCGCAACAGCGUGUCCCCCGCCAUCUUCCCCGAGUACCAGCUCUGUGAGGACCACUGGAUCCGCUGCUCCAAGGAGCUGAACCAGUGGGAGCCACUGACGGAGUACGGCCAGUCCAAAGGACACUCCAACCCCUACCUGGUGCUGGAGUGUGCCUGGAGGGUCUCCAACUGGGCCGCCAUGAAGGAGGCCCUGGUGCAGGUGGAGCUGAGCUGUCCCAAGGAGAUGGCGUGGAAGGUGAACAUGCACCGCGGCUACCUGGCCAUCUGCCACCCGGAGGAGCAGCAGCUCACCUACAUCGAGAGGCUGGUGGAGAUGGCCUCCAGCCUGGCCAUCCGGGAGUGGAGGCGGCUGCCGCAUAUCGUCUCCCACGUGCACACACCCCUGCUGCAGGCGGCCCAGCAGAUCAUCGAGCUCCAGGAGGCGGCGCAGAUCAACGCGGGCCUGCAGCCGGCCAGCCUGGGCCGCAACACCAGCCUGCACGACAUGAAGACGGUGGUGAAGACCUGGAGGAACCGGCUGCCCAUCGUGUCCGACGACCUCUCCCACUGGAGCAGCAUCUUCAUGUGGCGCCAGCAUCACUACCAGGCCAUAGUGACGGCCUAUGAGACGAACACGCAGCACGACCCCAACAACAACAACGCCAUGCUGGGCGUCCACGCCUCGGCCUCGGCCAUCAUCCAGUACGGCAAGAUCGGACGCAAACAGGGUCUGGUCAACGUGGCGCUGGACAUCCUGAGCCGCAUCCACACCAUCCCCACCGUGCCCAUCGUCGACUGCUUCCAGAAGAUCCGCCAGCAGGUCAAGUGUUACCUGCAGCUGGCCGGUGUCAUGGGCAAGAACGAGUGCAUGCAGGGUCUUGAGGUGAUCGAGUCGACCAACCUGAAGUACUUCACCAAGGAGAUGACGGCAGAGUUCUACGCCCUAAAGGGCAUGUUCCUGGCUCAGAUCAACAAGUCGGAGGAGGCCAACAAGGCCUUCUCUGCGGCUGUGCAGAUGCACGACGUGCUGGUGAAGGCCUGGGCGAUGUGGGGCGACUACCUGGAGAACAUCUUCGUCAAGGACCGGCAGCUCCACCUGGGUGUGUCGGCCAUCACCUGCUACCUGCACGCCUGCCGCCACCAGAAUGAGAGCAAGUCCCGCAAGUACCUGGCGAAGGUCCUUUGGCUGCUGAGCUUCGACGACAAGAACACCCUCGCGGACGCCGUGGACAAGUACUGCAUCGGCGUGCCUCCCAUCCAGUGGUUGGCGUGGAUACCGCAGCUGCUGACCUGCCUGGUGGGGUCGGAGGGCAAGCCACUGCUCAACCUGAUAAGCCAGGUGGGACGAGUGUACCCCCAGGCUGUCUACUUCCCCAUCCGCACGCUCUACCUCACGCUAAAGAUUGAGCAGCGGGAGCGCUACAAAAGUGACGCGUCGGGCCAGCAGCAGCCCAGCUCCGUCGGGGCCCAGCCCCACUCGGGGGCCUCGGACCCGGGCCCCAUCCGGGCCACGGCGCCCAUGUGGCGCUGCAGCCGGAUCAUGCACAUGCAGCGGGAGCUGCACCCCACCCUGCUCUCCUCCCUGGAGGGCAUCGUGGACCAGAUGGUGUGGUUCAGGGAGAACUGGCACGAAGAGGUGCUCCGGCAGCUGCAGCAGGGCCUGGCCAAGUGCUACUCGGUGGCGUUCGAGAAGAGCGGCGCCGUGUCGGACGCCAAGAUCACGCCGCACACGCUCAACUUUGUCAAGAAGCUGGUGAGCACCUUCGGCGUGGGCCUGGAGAACGUGUCCAACGUGUCCACCAUGUUCUCCAGCGCCGCCUCGGAGUCGCUGGCCCGCCGCGCCCAGGCCACCGCCCAGGACCCCGUCUUCCAGAAGAUGAAGGGGCAGUUCGCCACAGACUUCGACUUCAUCGUGCCGGGCUCCAUGAAGCUGCACAACCUGAUCUCCAAGCUGAAGAAGUGGAUCAAGAUCCUGGAGGCCAAGACCAAGCAGCUCCCCAAGUUCUUCCUCAUCGAGGAGAAGUGCCGCUUCCUCAGCAACUUCUCGGCGCAGACGGCCGAGGUGGAGAUCCCCGGGGAGUUCCUCAUGCCCAAGCCCACGCACUACUACAUCAAAAUCGCCAGGUUCAUGCCCAGGGUGGAGAUCGUCCAGAAGCACAACACGGCGGCCCGCCGCCUCUACAUCCGCGGCCACAACGGCAAGAUCUACCCCUACCUGGUGAUGAACGACGCCUGCCUGACGGAGUCGCGCCGGGAGGAGCGCGUGCUGCAGCUCCUCCGCCUCCUCAACCCCUGUCUGGAGAAGAGGAAGGAGACCACCAAGAGACACCUCUUCUUCACCGUGCCCCGGGUGGUGGCGGUGUCCCCCCAGAUGCGGCUAGUGGAGGACAACCCGUCCUCGCUGUCCCUGGUGGAGAUCUACAAGCAGCGCUGCGCCAAGAAGGGCAUCGAGCACGACAACCCCAUCUCGCGCUACUACGACCGCCUGGCCACGGUGCAGGCCCGCGGCACGCAGGCCAGCCACCAGGUCCUGCGGGACAUCCUGAAGGAGGUGCAGGGCAACGUGGUGCCCCGAAGCAUGCUGAGGGAGUGGGCCCUGCACACCUUCCCCAACGCCACAGACUACUGGACCUUCCGCAAGAUGUUCACCAUCCAGCUGGCGCUCAUCGGCCUGGCCGAGUUCAUGCUGCACCUCAACCGACUCAACCCCGAGAUGCUGCAGAUCGCCCAGGACACGGGGAAGCUCAACGUGUCGUACUUCCGCUUCGACAUCAACGACGCCACGGGCGACCUGGACGCCAACCGGCCCGUCCCGUUCCGCCUCACGCCCAACAUCUCCGAGUUCCUCACCACCAUUGGCGUGUCGGGCCCGCUCACCGCCUCCAUGAUCGCCGUGGCACGCUGCUUCGCCCAGCCCAACUUCAAGGUGGACGGCAUCCUGAAGGCCGUGCUCCGGGACGAGAUCAUCGCGUGGCACAAGAAGACCCAGGAGGACACGUCCAUGCCCCUGUCCCCCGCCGGCCAGCCCGAGAACAUGGACUCCCAGCAGCUCGUGGUCCUGGUCCAGAAGGCGGUCACGGCCAUCAUGUCCCGCCUCCACAACCUGGCCCAGUUUGAGGGCGGGGAGAGCAAGGUCAACACCCUGGUGGCCGCCGCCAACAGCCUGGACAACCUGUGUCGCAUGGACCCCGCCUGGCACCCCUGGCUCUGAGACCCCCACCGCCCCCAGGGUCUGGGGGCGGUGGGGCUGGGCGCUGAGGCCGGGGGCCGUCCCCCAGGAAGGUGAUGAGACGCCCUGCAGGAAGGUGAAGUCUGGUCCUGGGAGAGGAUAUGGACCAGGGGGGGACGGGGGGGGAUGAGGUCGCUGUGCCGCACGUUGUCGUGCGUCUCUGUAGGGGGGGAGAGCGAGGCGGAGAUGGGACCGGAUGUCGUUUGGCGUUGGAACUUUGCAAUCUAAGUGUUUGUAUUUUUUAUCGUUGAGGAAUAUGAAGCUUUGUACUCCCUCUGUGAUCACGUGUCGUUGAGUUGGAGGUUUGCUCAAAAAAUUAUUUUAAGAAACACUAAAGGAUUUUCUUAUGUUGGUUUAUAAUUCAGCAACUACGCCAUACGUUUUCGCUCUGUGUUUAAUGACAUGUUGUUUCUGUUCAAGUACCUUUUUUUUAUUUUAUUAUUUAAGCCGAGCGUUGCUCUACGACCCCCUACCAGCCUGUAAAAUGUCAACAUUCAUGAGCAACGGUCUUUCACUUUUUUUAUCGGUAUUUUGUAUUGUAACUGUUUAAUGUAUUUUUUUUAUUUUUUUUUUAUUUUAAUUCUUGCAAAGGACCUUAGGGAGGGUCCUCAGACAGGUCUAUCAGGACUGCAGGGCGUCGAGUGAGGCACUGUCAUUUGCUACGCCCUGCUGUGAUGCAGGUACGAUUCCCUCGUAGGUAAUCCUUUGUUUGAUUUUGUAUUCCUCUUUCCAGUUUGUAAAGAAAAAAAAUUCUUCUGCCAACCGAAUGACGGUUAUCUCUUGCCUUGUAAAUAAGCCUUUUGUUUGAAUAAAGUCAUUUUUAAUACAAAUCAA